CAUGUGUAUGAACGAAAAAAAAUAAUUUACUACGGUAGAUAUAGCUAGCUUUGUGAACAGCCUGGUUGAGCUACCAUCAUCUACUGUUACCUGCAAAGUCAUUGCUCUAAUCCUCGUUCUUGCUUACUGAGCUCAGUAGGCGAAGAGACUAUGACGCUAUUAGUUUGGUAGCUUUCCUCAACCGGAACACGUUUAACGUUUUUGUAGCUAUGGCACUGCUGUAACGUUAGCUUGGUAACGGAACAGUCCGACUGAGUGUUAAAGCUCAGCUUGUUGACGGCUAGUCGGGACGGUUGGACGGUUGAGAAUGAGACGUCUGCUGAGCUUGCUCAUUAAAGCCCCUAAAACAAUCCGGACCAUGUGGCACAUCGAGUCCCCGCUGAGAUUAAAAACAACCUCGGUUGUGAUGUGCACCUCGUCUCUGCAGGGAGACAACCUUUGCAACGGGACGCACAGCAACAACAAGGCGCUGCUGUCCGAUCCUCAUCUGUUCGAAGCCCAAUUUGACGAGCUGGUGACGGAGCUUUCAGAGAGCGACCUCGCGGACCCCGCGCUGGCUGAUGCUCUGAACAGGUUUAGAGAGGUUUUGGUGUACAAUUCUCCCGGAGGCAAGAGGAACCGAGGACUGUCCGUGAUCGCUUCACUGAGGGAUCUUCUCUCUCCCACUCAGCUCGCACAGGACACAGUGCGGCGGGCUCUGUUGGUUGGCUGGUGCAUUGAGUUGCUUCAGGCAUUUUUCCUGGUGGCAGAUGACAUCAUGGAUGGAUCUGUGACUCGGAGAGGACAGCCCUGCUGGUACAAGAAGGAUGGAAUCGGUCUGGAUGCCAUCAAUGAUUCAUUUCUCCUAGAGGCGGCUAUCUACAGACUGCUUCGCAGACAUUGCAGGGAUCAGCCGUACUACGUCCACCUACUGGAGCUGUUUACGGAGACAUCUUUCCAGACCGAGCUCGGCCAAGCUCUGGACCUCAUGACUUCUACCCCUGGUCAGGUUGACUUCAACAGAUUCACCAUGGAUAGGUAUAAAGCUAUUGUAAAAUACAAGACUGCAUUUUACUCUUUUUACCUCCCAGUGGCAGCUGCAAUGUACAUUGCAGGGAUUGAGAGUGAAGAGGAACACAAUAAUGCCAAACACAUCUUACUUGAGAUGGGAGAGUUCUUUCAAAUACAGGAUGACUACUUGGACUGUUACGGAGACCCCGCUGUGACGGGAAAGAUAGGCACAGACAUCCAGGAUAACAAAUGUAGCUGGCUGGUGGUGACGGCGCUGGAAACCAUGACUCCUGAACAAAGAGCAGAGCUGAAGGCAUGUUAUGGGCGCCAUGAUGAAACAUGUGUAGAAAAGGUCAAAGCACUGUACAACACCCUGAAAAUGCCAACAUUGUACCACAAAUAUGAGGAAGAGAGCUACCAGCGGCUACAGACACUCAUUGCUUGUCACGCUCAAAACCUUCCUCACUCAAUCUUCCUCAACUUCGCCAAGAAAAUCUACAAGAGGAACAAGUGAGAGGGAAUGGUGGUCACAAACCGUGUCGGGUGCAUCAGCCUGGUUCUCUUUUGACGUUUAUGAUGCACAGAAUAACUUUGAAGUGGUUUGUAGAUAUUUGGUCGCAAAUGUCAUCAAACAGUCUUUUACCCCGUUCACUACAUUAUUGAACCCAGUUCAUAAUGCACAGUGUCUCAGGUUGAUUCUCCGCUGAAGAAUACCAUGGAUAGAAGUUUGACACUGAAAUGAUGAACACAAAUACAAUCGGAUUGUUUUAAUUUUAUAGGAAUAGAUUUAUUAAUUGAUUAGACUCCAAAAGGAACAUAUAUGACAGCAGAUGUAUCCUGACAGGGGACAGAGGGUCAAACCUCAUCAGCUUUCUAAUUCCAUAUAUUUUUAUAUUGCUGCUGUAAAGUCUGUACUGCCUUGAAUGUUAUUGCUUUUAAUAAAUAAUGUAUGAACAGUA